ACUCAAAAGAUGCCCCCCAGUGCCAGCGCCAUGGACUUCUUCCAACUUUUUGUCCCCGACAAUGUCCUCAAGAACAUGGUGGUGCAGACAAACAUGUAUGCCAAGAAGUACCAGGAGCGGUUUGGGAGUGAUGGGGCCUGGGUGGAGGUGAGCCUGGCAGAGAUGAAGGCUUUCCUGGGCUACAUGAUCUCCACCAGCAUCUACCACUGCGAGUCUGUCCUCAGCAUCUGGAGCAGCGGCUUCUAUAGCAACAGGAGCCUCGCCCUGGUCAUGAGCCAGGCUCGCUUCGAGAAGAUCCUUAAGUACUUCCAUGUUGUGGCCUUCCGCUCCAGCCAGACUACACAUGGCCUCUACAAGGUCCAGCCCUUCCUUGACUCCCUGCAGAAUGGUUUUGACUCUGCCUUCAGGCCUUCUCAAACCCAGGUGCUACAUGAACCGCUGAUUGACGAGGACCCAGUAUUCAUUGCCACAUGCACAGAGAGGGAGCUACGGAAGAGGAAAAAGAGGAAAUUCAGCCUCUGGGUCCGGCAGUGCUCCUCCACGGGCUUCAUCGUUCAGAUUUACGUCCACCUGAAGGAAGGUGGGGGUCCAGAUGGACUGGAUGCUCUGAAGAAUAAGCCCCAACUCCAUAGCCUGGUGGCCAAAAGCCUCUGCCACAACGCAGCAGGCAAGAACUACAUCAUCUUUACAGGACCCAGCAUCACCAGCCUGACCCUGUUUGAAGAGUUUGAAAAGCAAGAGAUUUACUGCUGUGGUCUGCUCAGCCCCAGGAAAAGCGACUGCACAGGCCUGCCUAUGUCCAUGCUGGCGAACCCAGCCACGCCCCAGACCCGGGGACAGUACCGAAUCAAGAUGAAGGGGAACAUGUCUCUGAUCUGCUGGUACAACAAAGGGCACUUCCGCUUCCUGACCAAUGCCUACUCCCCAGUCCAGCAAGGGGUGAUCAUCAAGAGGAAGAGUGGUGAGAUCCCCUGCCCCUUGGCUGUGGAGGCAUUUGCUGCACACUUGAGCUACAUCUGCAAAUACGAUGACAAAUACAGCAAGUAUUUCAUUUCCCAUAAACCAAACAAGACCUGGCAGCAGGUGUUCUGGUUUGCCAUCAGCAUCGCCAUCAACAACGCCUACAUCCUAUACAAAAUGUCUGACGCCUACCAUGUGAAGAGGUACAGCCGGGCCCAGUUUGGGGAGAGACUGGUCAGAGAGCUGCUGGGCAUAGAGGACACCUCACCAUCCCACUGAUGCCCGGGCCCAGCCAGGGCUCGGGUGAGGGACCACGCUGAGGGAAGACGAAAGGAGGGAGAGAGCCUGGCAUGCGGACAUGCCCAAGCAGAGACCUAGAGAAGAGCCGAGAGGCCGUUACAGGCGGAGCAGAGACUGCCCGAAGGAGUGGCUGUUCUUCCUGGUUUCCACUCAAAGAAGAUCACCUCCUCUGUGAAGUGCCCCCUCCCCCCCACUGUCAGCGCCCUCCAUGAAUGCCAACGCUAGUCAUUGCUAUGUCCGUUGUCUCUUCAGCAGGGCACGAGACCAAACAACCCCAUGCAGGCUGCGGGGAGCAUCGUCUCGUAGCAGAGGUGGCUUGGGAACAGGGGAGUCGCACUAGUAAGAGCUCCAGGGUUGGGCUGAGCUGUGGCGUGCUCUUAUAGAAAGUGUCUGCUGUGAAAAGAUGUAAGGAGCUUGGUUCUAUUUCAUGAAGUGUCAAGGAGGUAACAGAAGCAGCAGAGACUUGACCUUCACGCUUAGAAUUGUUCAGGGGCAUAAAUAAGAGAGCAGAGGGCUUCUCACAUCUACUUGCAGGCCAGCAGCUUAAACCAAGUCUCUGAGAAGAAGAGCGAAUUUGGUGCCAUUGAAAGGAAGUGACGGACUGGGUAGCAGUCACCUGUUCUAAUUAAGCAGUCCGGCAUCCCUGCUCACCUCUGAGCCAGCCUGGCUGGUGUGAUGGGGGAAAAGGAAGAUGCCAACAUCACUUGCAGUGAAGUGUGAUGCUAUUUUUUCUUAUUUUUAAAUAUAUCUUCAGGUUAUUUUCUUACUGUUGCUUAAGAUCUAAUGUCAAAGAAACCCUCUCCCCCUACUUUUCCACUCCCUCAUUCCCUUCCAUCCCCACGGCCCUGGCGACUUAACGUAAUCACCACUCUGUGACUGUACCAGGUCGGGAGAGGGUGUCACUUCUAGGGAGUUACGGUGGCACUUUCCCCAAGAACCACAGGCAGUCUUGCGGACCUUGAGUUUUGUCACAGAGGUUAUCAUUAGCAGGGUCGCUUGUUUUGAACAACAGCAUGAAACCAUUAGUUUCCACCUUUCCUGUGUAGUAACCCUGGCACCGUUACCCUUCUCCAAGCUGCCCUUCAGAAGGGAAUGGUUGGCAUUGGCAAAGCCUGGCUUGGCUUUGCUUAGAUGUAAUCUGACUUGGAGCCAGAGGGGUUUGCUCCCCAUGCUAUUGAAAGGACCACAUGAGAAGCAGCUGGGACUAAGGGCACCUGUUCCUUUUCCAAAAGAUCAGGGACUCUUUCUGAACCAAGGCACAUAGGUCUCCAUGGGAACCUCAGGGCCCCUGUGGUCUGCCCUGAUGAUUUCCCUACCCCCGCCCCUGGCAAGAAACGAGGAUUUAUGACAUUUCACAGACCCCUUUCAACCCAACUUUACAUAACCAUCUCGUUUUUACAGAUGCGAAACCUAUUCUACUCAGGCUUUGGGACUUUUCCUUGUUCUGACUCAGUUAAUUGUUGCUGGCAGCAUGCUCCUAAACACUGUAUCAUUUCUGUAUUCCAGGUUGAUGAUCUUGACCCUUGCCCUUUGGUUUUAUUCAAUGCCACGGAUCAUAGGCCAAAUUUUAAAUUGUGUUUCAGAACACCUUUGCCGUGUCCUUUAAUUGGAUUGAAAGCACUUUUAUCACAUGGAGAAAUAUAUUUUUAAUUUGUGAUGCUUUUUCUACAAGGUCCACUAUUUCUGAGUUUAAUGUGUUUCCAACACUUAGGAGGAUUCUAAUGAGAGGUGAUAAAUUUUCUUUUCUGUCCAAAAAAGUAAAAUAAAAAUAAAAGUCUAUUUAGA